UGUCAAAGUCGCGACUUAUGUCAGUUCUUCCAAGCCCUCUAAAGUUCAACGACGUGUUCGUAGAUUUUGUGCCUAAUCGUAAAAGUUGUUAUCGAUCCGUGCUGUGCUGUCAAUUUUUUUUUGUUUAUAUCUGGUUUUGACAUCCAUUUACAUCGUCUUCAGAUUAGGUGUUACGACGUUUCUAUCUCUACUCUUAGGUGAAUGGUGUACAAGUUUGCUUCCGCCGUUUUGCAAUAGAUGGCUGUAGCGAAUUCAUUUGGCGAGGCACUGCUUCAUCUACCUCAUAGGACAAGCUGCCACUGUCCGUAAUUAGCCCGAACAGGCCAGCAUGUUCCACACCGGCGCCGGCGGCAACGGCUACGGCGACGGCAACGCGGGUUUCCACCAACACCUUCAGCAGUCCCCCGUCUACGUGCCGAGCAGCAGGGCCGUACCGCACCAAUAUUCCCCGGCGGCAGGCACCCAUUUCGGCGCCGCCGCCCACCAGGGAGGCUGGGCUCACGCCGGCGGUUCCUACGGCGACAUGGCCUCGCAGGCGCACGGUCUUGGGGGCGCCGCUCACGCCUCUCCCCUCUCCGCUGGUCAGUUCUACACCCAGAACAUGGUCAUGUCCUCUUGGCGGGCCUACGACGGCUCUGGAUUCCAACGGACGUCACCUUAUGAGAGUGCCAUGGAGUUCCAGUUCGGAGAGGGCAGGGAGUGCGUCAAUUGUGGGGCCAUUUCUACCCCUCUGUGGAGGAGAGAUGGUACAGGGCACUACUUGUGUAACGCUUGUGGUUUGUACCACAAGAUGAAUGGGAUGAACAGACCCUUAAUCAAACCAUCCAAAAGACUGACCGCAACCAGACGCUUGGGACUGUGCUGCACGAACUGCGGCACCAGGACGACGACGCUGUGGCGUCGUAACAACGACGGCGAACCGGUGUGCAACGCCUGCGGCCUAUAUUUCAAGUUGCACGGAGUGAAUAGGCCCCUGGCCAUGCGCAAGGACGGCAUCCAGACCCGUAAGAGGAAGCCGAAAAAACAAGGUGGUGGUAGUGGGGAGCGAGACGACAGUAGCUCCACCUCCGUAGAAGACGGCAAGACACCAGUAAGCAUAUCAAACCAACAGCAACACUCAAACCAACAAGUACCUUCGUCAUCUCAAAACCAUCCCAAUCAUCAACAUUCACCAGAUAACAAAGUUACCCAGACCUUGGAACGACCUUAUCUAAGUCCAGCGUCACUGUUACCAUCUUCAUCGAGCCUGGUGAAGAGCGAACCGGGAUACGAUUACAGCUGCCUGCAGAACCAAGGAUACCCUUACCAGCAAAUCUUCGGGUUCCCAGGUGCUGGACCGACAAACCCAGAAUUAGCGUAUCAUCACCAACAUCACGUAACAGCUUCUGCCAAACUGAUGGCUACGACAUAAACAAGACAAGACAAGACUGGGAGAAUCAACAAAGACACUAACCUUGCUGCGCUACAAAAUGAGGAGAGUUUUAUUUGUAGUAGCAGCAGAUUCCGAUACUCUCUGAAAACAUAUACCCACGACGUUUCACCAUUUGAAAGAACAGGGAGAUCAAUACUGCGUCCGGAGACCCUACAAAACUAUCAACGAAUAUGUAAUGCAAUCUGUCUGAAUUGAAGAGUGGUGCAGAACAAGUUAUUUGAUUCUUGCAGGGUUCAAAAUAUAUGCGACACUAUCAGAAUCGUUCCUUGUAUAUAUUGUACAUACAUAGAUGUUCGAAUUAUUGUAUGUGAUUUUCGAUUAUGUGUACUGCAACAACCAUGUAAAUAUAUUUGUAAAUGGUAAAAUAAUUGUAAUAUUUUGCUAAAUAGUUUGGUUCCUUGUGAAAGAAUAUAAUUCUUUUUUUCUUGUCACCAUUUCAUUUGUAGAAAGGAACACAUAUUUUAUUGCUACUGUGUAAGAAAUGAGAAUAAACCAAUAUUAAAUAGA